AUGUCACAUAUAACUUACAAUUAUCUGUGGUCUGAAACUCAGAGGACAGUAGAUGAAACUACCCAGACAGAUAUUGUAUUGAGUGCUGAGAAGCCACAGAAAGACAAGAAAUUAGCACAAGUUUCUGUUUCUGAAUUAUACUUCAGGUAUGUAACUGUGGUAAAUAGAUUAGACCAGUGUUAUGAUCAGAUAGUACAGCCACAGAAGAGACUUGUCAUUCGUAAAUUGCUAGAUGCUUCAAUUGGGCGUUUGUUGGAAUUGAAACAUGAGCUUGUCAACCUGGACUUAUCAGAAUUCAGUUAUAAUGAUGAUGUUUUACUGAAAUUAAAAUUGUCUCCCACAGAAGCAGAAGUAAACAUACCAGUACAUUAUAGACGACAGAGAGAAAAUGAGAUUAAAAAGAGAAGAAAAGAUAUGGAUGAGAUUCUUAAAAAAUUAGGUUUUUAUGAAGAAGAAGUAAUUGAAGAACCAAUGACAGAAAUUGAAGCUGUUCGCCUGUUACAGAGACAUGAAAGGGCACGGCAAGGACGACUCCGCUUUCAGUUCAUGAAAGAAAUUCGGCUAAUGAAGGAGAAAGGGAAAGUGGAACCACAAGAAGGGAAAGCCACUGAUGGUGGUUCAGCCGCUCUGAAAAUUCAGAAAGUAUGGCGGGGUUACAUCACACGGAGAAAAAUGAAACAAAGAAAACUGGAAGAGAUGCUCUUAAUAGGGAUGUUGCAGCCUAGUUUUACUGAGACCAGCGAACGACAGAGAGCCGAAGAAAUUAAAGAAAUUAGGCAUCAGCUGCAAUCUGAGUAUCAAAAGGACUAUGAAAGGUCACUUGUGGAAGAGAAAGAAAAGAUAAUGAGUAAAAGAGGUGCCACUAUGAAGGAGGAAAUUGCAGAUGAAAUCCGGAAUUGGUAUAUAGAGUAUGAGAAAGAGACUGGGAAGUUUCCUGAAAUUCCUUCAGAAGAAUCAGGAGGCUCUGCACUGAUAUUCCAGCGCCAAGGAGCAGAAAGUGAAAUUAGUAAAUCUACUACAGCCUCUUCAGUAAAGAGCAAGAAAGGUAAGAAGGAAAAAGAAAAAGAAGGAAAGAAACCAAAAAAGGACGACGAUGAAGAAGAUCCAGGGUUUAAAAUGACGCCAUCCAAUUUUCUGUCCGAUAUAAUGUCUGCUAGUGAGGAGUACCAAGAAACGUGGAAAGACAGAGAUGAGUCAAACAAUCCUCGCCAAACUGCUGACAUAGAUAUGAUAAGAAUGGAGAAAACAGCUGAAGUGGAGAGUGAAUUGCGCAAAAUAGUUGACCAGUUGAUGAGAAAAGAACUGGAAAUUCUUCAAGCUGCUCUAGACAGGGAUCGUGCAAAGAAAGGUAAAAAGGCAAGAAAGAGUGCCAAAAAGAAAGGAAGAAGUGGUAAAAAGAGCAAAAAGAAAAAAGAAAAGGAUUUAACACCUGAUAGAACUUUGGAAUCACUUUUUGAAGAAUUGAUAACAAAUGGUAUUAUAAAAAAAUAUCCAGAAAUUCCUCUUUCUUCAUUUCAUGGUGAACAUUCUUUAGCUGCACACGAUUUAAGGAAACAAGGAAAGGAUCCACCGCCUUCCCUUGGUGAUGUUCGACAGAUUAUAAAGGAGUAUUGCAUUUUACCUCUAGGCUCAAAUAUUAUUCAUCAAAUGGCACCACUGGUAAAAUCAUUAAUGAUAGUUGGGCCCCAUGGAAGUGGAAAAGACAUGUUAGUUCAUGCAAUAUGUACAGAAGUUGGUGCAGUCUUUUUUGAUUUGUCUCCAGCAAACAUUGUUGGAAAGUACCCUGGAAAAUCAGGUCUCAUCAUGUUAGUACAUUUAGUUAAUAAAGUCUCUCGCCUGUUGCAGCCUUCUGUUAUAUAUAUGGAUGGUGCUGAGAAACCAUUUUUGAAGAAAGUUCCCAAAACAGAUAAGACAGACCCAAAACGUUUGAAAAAAGAUCUGCCAAAAUUAGUAAAAGGCAUUGCACCAGAGGAUCAAAUAAUGUUGUUGGGUGUAUCACAUUGCCCAUGGGAAUGUGAUCAAAAAGCCUUGGCACAAACUUACAAUAAAUUUGUUAUGAUUCCCCCACGCCCUGAUUAUGGUAGUAUCUCAUCAUUGUGGAAAGAACUGUUAUUUCAGUUCAGUGGAGUAAAUCGUCAGUUUGAUACUGCAGCAAUGACUAAACUGUCUGAUGGCUACACAGUAGGGUCAAUAUUAAAAGUAGUGCAAGAUGUUAUGACAUGCAAAAGAGUCCUGCAACUUCGAAUACGACCUCUUACACAUGCUGAACUUAUUAAUGAACUUUGCAAACAGGAGCCAGUGUACAAAGAAGAGGAAGAAUCAUUUAUGCAGUGGUAUGCCAAAACCCCUAUUGGGAAGAGAAAAGCCCGAGCCCUAGAGAUAGAAGCUGAGCUAAAGGCUGAGAAUCAGACGCAACAAACAAAAAAAUGAAACGUAAUAACCAGUUUCCUUCAAAAAAUUGAUAAAACUGUGAGCCUAAAAGUUUAUAAUAAUGUAUGUGGGAAGAAAAUAAGUCAUCAUUCAUGGCCUAGAACAAGGCAGUAGGUAGUGAAUUAUUAAACUGAAAAAAGUAGAAGUGUCAAGCUCAUUUCUGUUUGGGACCAAUUAGAAACCACCCAGUUGGAAUCCUACAGUUGAUGUUCUGCAUACCAUUAACUAUUGUAGCUAAUUUAUGUGUUUCAACUUCUGAUUUAUGUUGCACAGUUCACGAAUGUAUCAUUGCACCAACUUUUCAUUUGAAAUAUAACCUCUGUUAACUCAGUGUCUAAUUGCAAAUUAUCCCUCCUCUUUUCGACAUGUCAUAGUGUAUGCCAUACGCAAAAUUUCUUAGUGAUUGUUGGAUACUAUUUUGAAAAUCACUUUCACUGGAUUCAAUAUGUCACCACCAAAAAAGACAGUAUCAU